UUUCUUUUCAUUUCUUUUGUUCUUUAGUCUUCAAUGCAACAUCAACGUUUACCUUCUUCUUCUUCUUCUUCGUCUUCUUCUUUUACUAUCAAAACACAACUUCAGUUUUCUAGAGCAAUAACAAUAGUAAGAUCUUUGCCUGCUAGUAACAUACCUUGGCAACCUUCUGUACAUGAUAAACUUUGUUUAUAUGGUUUAUACAAACAAGCUUCAGAAGGCGAUUGUUAUAGACCACGACCCUCCUCUCGUCUUCUUGUCCAACAUGCAAAAUGGAAAGCGUGGGAUCAACUUCGACAAUGGAGUACAGUAGAAGCUCAGAAACAAUAUGUUAUGCUACUUAUUGACAUUCUUUUGGACUUUAUUGAACGAUAUCCUCACCAUCAAAUGACACCGACAUUACAGAACGCCAUACACUACAUUAAAUUGGAUACUGACAUGAUACCCUCAGUAGAAGACAAGAACAGUGAAGGCUUUUUUCAUCAUAUAAAGGAAGAUGAACUAACUGAACAACAAGAAUACGGUUCACCUGUAGAACCACAUUUCAACAAUGAUCAACCAAAUUAUAAUCCUCCUUAUUCCUCCACUAGUACAGCAACUAGUAACUAUACAUAUCCCAUGACGCCUGAUCAUUCUUCUCCCUCUCAACAACAACAGCAAAAUAUAUUACAGCAACAAAAGCAACAGUGGUAUGAACGAAAUCGACAUUAUGUACAACAAAAACAACAGUCCAUCAUCAAUUCAGAUAUACAAUCUCAACAUCAUCGUCAUCAUCCUAUUGACAAUGGUUACGAUGGAUUUUCAGACGUAGAUACAAUUGAUCGCGAAGUGGCUGCUGCGACGUCUGGCCUAGGACUUUUAUCUCCAGAACAACAUCCAUACCAUAUGAUGAUGACAAAUGAACAAAGUGGAAAACGACAAUCGAUUAGACAAAGUGAUAACAAUCAAAUAUUGAAGGAACAAAAACAACAUGGUACAAAAAUCGACAGCAAAAAGAAGACUAAAUCAAACACAUCAUCAUCAGUAUCGCCAUCAGAAAAAGCAUUGGAAUCACUACAAACAGAAGUGGCUGCACUCACGGAACAAUUGGAUUAUCUACGGAUAGAAUUGGCUGAAAAGAAGAAUCAAAAAUUACGGUGGUCAUGGUUUCGGUUAGGGAAAACGCUUUUAAAACACACGUCGAUCAAUUUGGUGAUUCUCUUAUUGGCUUUUAUUGUACUCUACAAAAGGAAAUCUCCUAUUGCCUAUGUCAUCAUUGGCUAUGUUGGACCUAGAAUACAAGAUAUUCUUCACUAUUUAGUUGAAAGGCUCUUCUUUUGGAAAUUAACAGUAUAGUAGUAGUUUGUUUUGUAGUUUAGUGCAUAUUUGUAUCAUUUGAACAAGAAAUAAUAAUAAAAAAAAAAAGACCUUCCUUGUAUUCCAUUCACAUCAUCAGCUUCGGAUUUUCAAAUUGCUUGGAAUUUGUAACAAAAAAAAAA